CUAAAUAAAAAUAACAUGUAACCGCACUUUAUAAAAACAGGUUUUUAGAUUAACAACAGAUAAGACAAACAGUUUUAUCAGCAAUAAAUAUUAUUCCAUGUGGUUGUACUAAAUUCUAACAUAACAUUUAUGUCAAUGUAUAUAUAUACCACUAAAUUAACCAUAGAAUUUAAUUCAUAAUAGUUCACUAUGGCAUCGACAACUAAAAUUGCAGUUGUGACUGGAUCCAACAAAGGCAUAGGUUUUGCAAUAGUCAAAGGUUUGUGCAAGAAAUUCAAUGGCAUUGUCUACCUCACAGCCAGGAGUGAUGCGAGAGGACAAAAUGCAGUCAAAGAACUUAAAGAUUUAGGCUAUAAUCCAAACUUUCAUCAAUUAGACAUUGACAGUGAUGAAAGUGUGAACAAAUUCAAAGGAUACUUGCAAGAUAAAUAUGGGGGAAUUGAUUUGUUGGUUAACAAUGCAGGAAUUGCAUUUUCUAAUGCGUCUACUGAACCAGUGGCUGUACAAGCUGAGAAAACCGUCGGCACGAAUUAUUUCGGUACUUUACGCGUUUGUAAUGCUUUGUUUCCAUUGUUAAGACAAGAUGCGCGUGUUUUGCAUGUGUCAAGUUCAGCCGGACAUUUAUCACGAAUUCCCGGACAAGAUUUAAGAGAUAAAUUGUCUAAACCUACACUGACAGUCGGUGAAUUGUCUGAGUUGAUGAAUCAAUACAUAAGUGAUGCUAAAACCGGCAAAAAUGAACAAAACGGUUGGGGUAGUAGUAGUUACGUUGUGUCAAAAGUAGGUGUAUCUGCUUUAACACGCGUUCAACAACGUGAAUUCAACAACGAAUCACCCAACAGAGACAUAUCAGUGAAUUCAGUUCAUCCUGGUUUUGUUGAUACUGAUAUGACCAAUCACAAAGGCCCGUUGACCAUUGAUGAAGGUGCGAAAGCAACUCUUUAUCUUAGUUUAGAGGCACAUGACUUGAAAGGACAGUACGUGUGGAACGAUUGUAGAGUUAUCGAUUGGUUGGCUUCGUCUGCACCAAGCAAUCCCGCUCCUAAAAGUUAAACAUCUUAGAAAAACAUUGUAAAAUGAUAAAAAAUAAAUAUUGUAUUAUGGUACUCUA